UACGUAUGGUUACGUUGUGCAACAGACAGUCAACAGAGGAAAAGACCAACCGCUUCCGUGUUGUUCCUGUGUUGUUUUAGCAAACAACUAGCUUUACGUGACUCAGAUUGCAUUUGACAGUACUUCGUGGGAUGAAUAUCAUGCUUUAAUAAGCUCGUUAUACAGCUUAUCUUAAUCAUCCGAAAUGUCGCUGCUACAAAGCUCAAAGAAGAAGGACAGACGAAUUUUAUCUGGUACCUGUCCAGACCCCAAAUGCCAGGCGAGGCUAUUCUUCCCUGCUUAUGGUUCGAUUAGUAUUGAAUGCACAGAAUGUGGCCAGCGCCACGAGCAGAAGAGCCUCUUAAAUGUCGAAGAGGUAACCGAUCCAGAUGUGGUUCUACACAAUCUUCUCAGAAACGCCUUGCUCGGCGUGACUGGGGCCCCGAAGAAAGGCACGGAGUUGGUGAAGGUAAUGGGGCUGUCCAAUUAUCACUGCAAGCUUCUCUCCCCCGUCUUGACCAGAUAUGGUAUGGAUAAACAAACCGGCAAAGCCAAGCUCCUCAAAGACAUGAGUCAAGGUGACAUGUUUGACUGUUCACUCCUCGGCGACAGAGCUUUUCUCAUCGAACCAGAACAUGUGUCAACUGUUGGUUAUGGCAAGGACCGAUCAGGUAGUGUACUAUAUCUCCAUGACACAUUGGAGGAGGUCAAGAAAGCCAACGGUAACAGAGAAUGUCUCAUCCCUGUGCACGUGGACGGAGACGGACACUGCCUGGUCCACGCCGUGUCCAGGGCCCUGGUGGGCAGGGAACUGUUCUGGCACGCCCUGCGUGAGAACCUCAAGCAGAACUUCAAACAGAACCUGGACCGCUACAAGGCCCUCUUCCAGGACUUUAUCGAUGCGGCUGAAUGGGAGGACAUCAUCAAUGAGUGCGACCCUCUGUUUAUUCCGCCCGAGGGCGUUCCUCUGGGCCUGAGGAACAUCCACAUAUUCGGCCUGGCCAAUGUCCUGCACCGGCCCAUCGUCCUGCUGGACUCCCUGAGCGGUAUGAGGAGCUCGGGGGACUACUCCGCCACUUUCCUCCCAGGCCUGGUACCGGAGGAGCAGUGCAAGGGCAAGGACGGGAAGCACAACAAGCCGAUCUGCAUCGCCUGGAGCAGCUCGGGCCGGAACCACUACCUCCCCCUGGUGGGCAUUAAAGACACGGUGCUCCCCAAGCUCCCAGCCCGGCUCCUCCCCAAGGCCUGGGGCGUCCCCCAAGACCUGAUCCGGACCUACAUCCAACUGGAGGCAGACGGCAGCUGUGUGAUAGGAGGCGACCGCAGCCUGCAGGACAAGUACCUGAUGAGGCUGGUCAACGCCAUGGAGGAGGUCUUCAUGGAGAAGCACGGCAUCCAUCCCUCCUUGGUAGCCGACGUGCACCAGUACAUCUACCGGCGCACCGGGGUCAUCGGCGUGCAGCCGGAGGAGGUGACGGAAGCGGCCAAGCGAUCGGUCCAGGAGAACCGUCUCCACCGCUGCCUGAUCUGCGGCGCCCUCUCUGAGCUCCACGUGCCGGGCGAAUGGCUGGCCCCCGGAGGAAAGCUCUACAACCUGGCCAAAACCACCCACGGGCAGCUCCGACCCGACAAGAACUACAGCUUCCCGCUCAACAACGUGGUGUGCUCCUACGAGCCGCAGCGGGACCUCCUGGUGCCGGACUACAAGCUGAGCUCCCUGGGCACCUGCAACUGGUGCCACGGAACCUCGGUGCGCCGCAUCCACGGCGACGGCUCCGUGGUGUACCUGGACGGGGACCGGACCAACACCCGCUCCCAGGGGGGGAAGUGUGGCUGUGGCUUCAAGCACUUCUGGGAGGGGAAGGAGUACGACUGCCUCCCCGAGGCCUUCCCCAUCACCCUGGAGUGGGGGGGCUGCGUGGUCCGAGAGACCGUCCACUGGUUCCAGUACGAGAUGGACGUGGCGCUGAACAGUAACGUUUACGACGUGGCCAUGAAGCUGGUCACCAAGCACUUCCCGGGGGAGUUCGGCAGCGAGCUCCUGGUGCAGAAAGUGGUGAACACCAUCCUGCACCACACGGCGAAGAAGAACCCCGACGAGUACAACCCCGUGUCCAUCGACGGGGCUCACGACCGGAGGCUGGACGAGGUGGCGGAGGGCCAGCAGCCCAUGGACACCCAGCCCCCGACCAAGAUCAUCCUGACGGGCCAGAAGGCCAAGACGAUACACAAGGAGGAGCUGACCAUGAGCCGGGCGGAGCGCGCCCUCCAGCAGAGCAUCAGCGAGAACGCCUCCAGCCAUCAGAAGAGGAGGACCGACCGGCUGAAGCAAGAGCAGAACCACGGGCGUCCGUCCUCCCCCGCUGCGACGCCGGCGAUCUCCUCGUCCUCCGCGCCCGCCACGCCCACCAAAGCCACCUCCUCUCCCGCCUCUAUUAAGGAAAAGAAGAUCCGCGUGACCACCAGCGACGGCCGGCAGGCCAUGCUCACACUGCAGGCACACACCACCUUCCACGAGCUGCAGAGGAGCAUCGCCAAGGAGUUCUCCCUGCCCACGUCGCAGCAGUGCAUCCGCCACGGCUUCCCGCCCAAAGAGCUCACCCCUCCGAAGAGCGGCGAGGAGACCCAGGCCGUGGCCCUGCAGCACGGGGACCGGGUGGUGGUGGAGAUACUGAGGGCCCCUGAGCAGAAGCAGGGCCCCGUCUCCCGGUUCUCCGGCUCUCAUUCCAGCGUCCACGCCGUGAAGAGCGACGCUGCGGCGAGCGGCAGGAUGAACGACGGGGAGCUCCAGGACAACAUCGACCUCGAGAUGUCCUCCCUCUGUCUCCUGGCAACCCUGAUGGGUGAAGACGUGUGGUCAUACGCCAGGAAGCUCCCUCACCUCUUCCAGCAUGGUGGAGUUUUCUAUAACAUCGUCCGGAAGGAUAUGGGCCUGAUGGACGGGAAGCACUGCACCCUACCUCACCUGGCGGGGAAGACGUUUGUGUACAACGCGGCCGAGGACCGGCUGGAGCUGUGCGUGGACGCGGCGGGCCACUUUGCCGUGGGCCCGGACGUGGAGGACCUGGCCAAGGAGGCCCUUCUGCAGCUGCGGUCCGAGGGGUCCCCCCGGGGGGGGGGCAGCCGCGAGGGGAGCCCCUCCCACGGCCUGCUCCGGCUGGGCAGCGGCGGCGUGGUCCGCAGGAAGGAGCAGACCGUCGCCGCCUUCCAGGGGAAGGGCCACUCCCUGGGCAGCGUGGAGGACGCCUCCCCGCCGCAGCGGCCAAUCACGCGGCAGCACAGCAGCGGCGUGGACCUGAGCGCUAGCGUGUCCCGAGACCCCCCCGCGCUGUCGGACAUCAGCGAGGACGCGGGCAAGGAGCUGGUGCGCAUGGCGCCGGGCUUUGUCACCAUGCGGGAGGGCGGGCCGCUAGAGCCCGGCGCCAUGGAGCAGCAGCGGAGGAAGCUGCAGGAGAUGGUGUCCUCCAUCCAGGCCUCCAUGGAGCGCCACCUCAAGGAGCAGCAGAGCCUGGCCGCCACGCCCGCCGCGGGGCCAGGCGAGCGGACAGGUGGGGCCCGGGCGGCGGGGCCAGGGAGCGACCCCGAGCCGUCGGCGACGAUGGACGUGUCGGGCGGGGGGCCCCAGAGCGGCACGCCGCCCGACCAACCGGACGGAGGGACGUCGGGGGGCUCCCAGGAUAACCAAGACGCAGAGCCCAUGGAUCACUCCUGAUCUGGGGACGCCCCCGUGCCUGGCCGGCCCUGGGUCUCGCCGGCCAGCCCCCCGGGUCCACGUUGUGUUCUUCCUCUCGUCUUUACUGCAUGACUAGAGCGGGUUGCCUGUUCCGAAACUCCCCGUAGACUGUCUCAUCUUAUCGCUGAACAGAAACACGCACUGACCCCCCCCAGGCCGGCCCAACGCGCUCCGGAUCGGCCGGAGCGGGGACUGCAUUCCUGUAGAUAGAGGAAUCUUUUUUUAGUCUUUAAGUAUAAGGUUGAGUUGGAGCUGGCGUCAGUUCAGACUGGAUCUCCCCCAUGGGGGUCCUUGAGGGCCCAUUAGCCUCCUCGCUUUCAGAGGGGGGGCCCAACGUCAGGCACCAGGGGUCAGGGGUUUUAUCGCCUGACCUUUAAUUUCCUCUCGUUUCCUUUCUAUCAAAAGGUUGCCCUACAAUCCUCGUCCCGAUUACCAUUACAGUCUAACAAUAGUACCAAUAUUUCCCUCUGAUAUUCGAUUGGUUUGGCAAAUGUAAUUCUAAAUGUUGCUAAAAAUGCAAUACAUGAUAAUGCUAAGGCUGUUCAACCGUGUAGUUAUAAACCACGAUGUUUGAGUUUAAC